ACUCUUAAGAAUAUAUACUAUAAUAGGUAUAAAAGAGAAAAGAGCUAUGCUAAUAUUGCUAGUGAUCUUAGUAUUUAUAGCUAUAACGUUGUAACGGGUCGAGUCCUAUUAGACUGCGCACGCAACUACAACGCGCCCACCGCGCCAAAAAGGCUGGCACAAGAUAUCAGAGCUGCUGAUAUCGUUGCGUAG